CGCAGCAGAUUACCGGACCGAACCAUUGCCGCAGUUCAGGUUUUAACACCUGUCACAUGAGGCGUUGCAUUUUCUCUUUUUUCUUUUUCUUUUCUUUUGCAAAUCGCAGUCGAGCGCGCCGCGCCGCACCGCGCCGCGCGGCUGUAUAUAGGGACGCGGGCGUCUCGCCGAAACGCGGCCGCGGCGCAGCAUCCGGCGAGAUGAGCGGCCGCGUCGCAGCGACGCCCCCAUUGUGCGGCCGGCGGCGUCACCCGGCGCCCGCAGCGGCGUGUUAGCGGCUCGACAGCGGCGACUCCGUCCCGGGCCGCUCACGACGGACGGCUCGAGAGGGGGGCACCCUCGCUGGUCCCGGACCACAGUUCGCCUCGCGUCGCGCGUCGAGACCCGGAGCCCGAGCCGUGGAUGUGAGUCUGACUCUUUUGUUGUUUUGUUUUUUUUGCAACAUCGAUGCAACGUCGCCCGGGUGAACAGUCAACUCCGCCCUUUGGCACUCAUUGACAAAGGUGUGAAUGGGCCUAAAGAAACUAUUACAUCAGCUUGGUCAUAUUAGGCAGCGCUGCAGUAUGUCAAACUGAACUCGUCUGUUGUAAUGAGGCCACGGCAAUGCUGACAUUUCCUUUGAAUCCAAAGACAUCAUCAUGCUGAAGACAGAAGCCUCGGGGGAGAGGACCUGCCUCCGGAGUGCCUCCCCCCACCGCAAUGCCUACCGAGCUGAGUUUCAGGCACUCAAGAAGGCCUUUGACCAGCCUCGGAUUGCUGGAGACUCAAAGCCCAAAGACCUUGAACGGGUGAAACAACCAAGGGGUCGCCAAUAUGGCUCCCAUGUCAGCCGCAUUAAAGACAUGUUCAUGCAGAUGGGCUCAGAAAAUCCAGGAGCAAAGGCAAGGGGUCAAGAUGAUUCUUCGACACAAAAGCUGGUCAAGCCCACCAACUUCGUCAACAAGGCUGAUGGAUCGGUGAUCAAACUCCAGCAUUCCCAUUCAACUGAAAGGGUUGGAGGUGCUGGACCAAAGUUCUCUGAAACCAGGAAGCUGUUUGAACAGCAUUCGCGUGACCAGUCCCAAUCACCUGUUUUUCCCUGUGGACGUGAUAAGAGAGGUUCCCAUGAGCACCUCGAUGACUGGCGAGGGGCUAGGUCCAAUCGAGGCAGUACAGACUCCUUGGACUCACUUUGCUCCAGAGCAGAGGCAUCCUCACCGACUGUCAGUCAACUCAGUGCUGUUUUUGAAAACGCCGACCAACACAACCCCGGUGUGUCCUACAAAGGAGUCAGCAGACGAGCCCUCUACUCACCAGAUGGAUUCUACCGCCCCGGAGGUGAUGUCAGUGAGGAUGAUUCGCGACAGUCUCCUGUUCGUGGAAACAACCGGAGCAGGAUAGGCGGAAAGUUUCCCACAUCCUUGUCCUCUGAGGACCUCAUGAGUCACAGUCCCGGGGCAGAGACAGUAGAGCUGAAACCAGUUUCACAAGAGGAGGAUUCCCAAGACAAAGCAGACAACGUUAAAACUACAGGCGAAGAACAACGGCGGCUUUCUGGGGCCAUCACCAAUGGAAGCCAGAUCAAUGGUUCUUGUGAAGAAGAGGAAAAACUUUCAGAAACAAGAAAACAUACUGAGGAUUUAGGGGUGUCCAAAGCUCAGAAACCUACAGUUGAUGCUGUGAUUAUCAACAAAACUUGUGAAGACGCCAAUCCAGGGCCCCUGCCAACACCAACUACACCAGCUGAAAGCCAGGAGGAUGGAGAUGGUUCAAGAGAAGACAAGCCCCCUGAAUCCCCCAAUGACCAAGUGGAAGAACCUGAUGAGGAAUACACUGGGAAUGAGCGAGUGGUUUUUAACGCAGAUGGGGACGCUUGUUACCAGGGUUGGGAUGAAAGCUGUACGGAUCCGGAGGAUGACCUCUAUGGAGACGACGAGGAUAUUGUCUACGACCCUGGCUCUGAUCUGACAGAGAUUCCAGGUCUGCCAGAGGAAAACAAAGAGGACAUCCCUCCAAAGAGAAAGAUUUUCUUCAGCAUCGCUCCCAUUACGGUGUUCAACACUUACUCCAAUGAGGACUAUGACCGACGCAAUGAGGAGGUGGAUCCUGUGGCCUCCUCCGCAGAGUACGAGCUGGAGAAGAGGGUGGAGAAACUGGAACUCUUCCCUGUGGAGCUGGAGAAAGACGAGGACGGCCUGGGGAUCAGUAUCAUCGGGAUGGGUGUUGGUGCCGAUGCAGGCCUGGAGAAGCUGGGCAUCUUUGUCAAGACCGUCAUCGAGGGUGGAGCCGCAGAGAGGGACGGCAGGAUAAAGGUGAACGACCAGAUCGUGGAGGUGGAUGGGACCAGUCUGGUGGGCGUCACCCAGAGCUUUGCUGCCUCCGUCCUCAGGAACACAUCGGGAGUGGUCCGGUUUGUGAUUGGCCGAGAGCGUCCGGGCCAGCAGAGCGAGGUGGCCACUCUGAUCCAGCAGACCCUGGAGCAGGAGAGGAGACAGCGAGAGCUGCUGGAGCAGCAGUACGCCCACUAUGACGCCGAUGAUGACGAGCAGACGGGAGAGUACGCCACCGACGAGGAGGACACGGGGACAACUGUGGCGGGCGGCGAGAAGAGCAUCGAGGUGUUUGACUUGCCAGAGACGGAAGACAUCUUGUCUCCCUCGGAGUUGGACGCCAAUAAACUCUACCAGAAGUUCAGAGAGCUCCAGAUCAAACACACAGUGACCGAGGCCGAGAUCCAGAAGCUUAAAAACAAGUUGACGUCGGUGGAGAGGGAAAAGCAGCGCUGGGAGAAAGAGAAGAGCCAGCUGAAGGCCAGCAUCGAGGAGAACAAGGAGAGGAUGUUGAAGCUGGAGAGCUACUGGAUCGAGGCACAGACCCUCUGCCACACCGUCAACGAGCACCUGAAGGAGGCGCAGGCGCAGUACCAGACUCUGGAGAAGAAGUACAACAAAGCCAAGAAACUCAUCAAAGACUUCCAGCAGAAGGAGGUGGAGUUCAUCCAGAAGGAGGAUGCAGAGAGGAGGCGGCUGGAGGAGGCUGAGAAAGCUCACCUGGCUGAGAUCCAGGGACUGCAAGUGAGGAUUGCGACGUUGGAGUCCGAGCUGAUGCAGCUGAUGAAGCAGAACGGCAUCCAGGUCAACAACAACAACAGCAACGGCGCCGAGAGGCCCGGCGCUCAGCAACAACCCCCCGUGCGGGCGGCAGCAGACCUGAGAGAGGGCUAUCCCCACUCACCCAGCAAAAAGAAGAAUUACAGAGGAAUGGCUCGGGACAGCAUCAGCUCCACAGAGGGAGAGGUGUCAGAGGGACAUUGCAGUCCAGCCCACAGUCGCUCUGGUUCGAUCCGCAGCGUGGCCUCCUGUGAUGGAGGGGCUGCGGCCCUCCGGGCUCCCGGCAGUGCAGAAAGCUCCCCCAGGCGAACCAUGUCCACCACUGGAGUCCUGCACCAGGGUUCUCGGCCUCCUGCACUGUCCAGCCCUUCUCACAGUACGGAGGAGCAGAGACGAGCUCUGAACUCUGGGUCCCCCCUCAGGAAAGCCAAAGUGGAGGACAAAGACCUGCGAGCAUCCCCUGGAAACAGCUCCAUGGAGCCAUCCGCUGAGGACAGUCCAGAGAAACUCAAGGCCAAGGCCUCCCUUACAUGGCCCCACUUCUUCUCCUAUUCAUAUUACUUGGGACCCACCUCGAAUGAUGAUCUGAGUGCCAGCAGCAGCAGCUCAGUGGAGAUCAGCAGUCUGCUGGGUGAAGCCAAGAUGUCGGGACGCUCGCACACCCUGGUGCUGUCCUCAGACGAGAGUCUGGAUAUGGUCGAUGAUGAGAUCCUAGACGAGGGACAGUUGUCGAAGCAGUGUCAGUCGCAGAGCUGCAGUGUUUUGGAAUGGACCUCCCAGCAAGUGGCCCGCUGGCUCAUGGGCCUCGACCUAGAACACCAUAUCCCAGAAUUCACUGCCAAAAGCAUUGAUGGAGAACAGCUGCUACAGCUAAAUAGCGCUGAGCUUAAGGCUCUUGGGGUCACCUCUUCGCAGGACCGUGCCCUGAUAAAGAAAAAGAUCAAAGACCUUAAAGUUCUGAUGGAGAAGGCCAAGAGGAACCACGAGAAGGUAGAGAAACAGCGAGAGAAGCUACGGAGGAGAGAGCUGGAGCAGCAGCAGAAAGAGCCGUGGAAAGAAAGCGCGGCAGAGUGAAGCGGAUUGUGGGCUCACCCUAACCGCAGCGCCGCAAACCAGUUGCAUCGCGGAAAGAGAGCGUCAGUAGGCCCCACAAGCCAACCCUGCGGGACGCCCCGCACAGUAGUUCAACAGUUCUCAGUGCCGGGAGUGACUUUCUUCACCAAGCAAAUUUAACCAAAACGAGCAGUUGGAUAACGGGAUGCUGCCCCUUCAUUUGCCUCGCUUUAAACCCAUCCUGUGUUUUUAGCCAUUUAGGAAUUAACUCGGUUCUAUUUAUUUUUACUGUUUUGAAGCUUGUAAAAUCAGGUCUAUUUAUCGUAUCCAGAGUUAGUCUCCAGUGUUUUUUUCAUUUCAUCCUCAUCCCAUGUCCUGCUCAGAGCCAUCCGUGUCACCCACCACAGCACCUUUAGACACAACGCGACCAUGUACAUACACAGGGACGAAUACAGAUGCAAAUCUGUCUGAUGUGCCAUUUUGAUAGACUUGUGUAUAUACUGUUCAGAUACAUUGAUUCUAUUGCACUGGUCAGUGUGCAUGGAAUAUAUGAGGCAGCACUCAUCUCCCAAGACUGGGUGUCCACGUGCUGCUCACCGUCACUACUGAUGAAGACACCACCGGAAAUUUUACAGUAGGAACUGAACUGGAAACGAAGUUUCACUGAGAGAAACUUUGCAAGAACACUGGAAGUGCAAACACUGUAAAUGUAACCUCUGCACUGGCUUGUACAGGGCUCCCUACAGUAUACAUGUACCAUAACUAUAGCAGUUCUCUAUGUACUGUAUGAAUGGCAAGGACAUGCUACACUCAUUGGCCUGGUUCUAAUGGAGACUUCAGGUACAAGUUAAUCAUGCUAUUUGUAACUCACUGAACCCGACACCAUAACAACGAAUCAAAACAGAACAAAAUAAGAUGAUGAAAAGAAACACCCUGCUUAUAUGCAUAAUGUUGCUUUGACUCUGCUUGUAACCUGCUUUUGACCACUUUUAUAAAAUAUUCUCUCGAUAACAAAAUUAAACCCCGCUGCUGCCUUUAGAAAUUCUAGAGUAGUAGAAUUUUCGGAACUCUACCUGCUUCUGUGUGAGUGCUGAGACAUGCAUUAGACUAAACCGAGCCAUCCCUUUCUGAUUGUUGUUUCGUUCUUUCAGAAGAAUCACAGGUCAAGUUCACCAUGCAAAUUAACUCUGGAAUAUUCUUAAUGAUAUUUAAGAAUGCUGCCAUAUACAUGGUUUAUCUCUGUGACCAUGGGUAGAUGCAGAAGUUGAUUACCUGAUACGACUCAAAUUACACUGGAAAUUGCACCCAAUAGAUGCAAUAUAGUUUUUAAUUUACACUGGAAAUUGCACCCAAUAGAUGCAAUAUAGUUUUUAAUUUUCUUAUGAAACUGAUUAAGUAAGACUCCUUUUAGAUUUAGUUGUGAGAUGAAAAAUAUACCUUUCAAAUUGAUUUUUGACCUAUGUACUUUAUGCAGUUCUUGUUUUUUUUAGGAUUAUGAAGAUCGCUGACAGACAUGUUCCCUGUGUUACUUCUUUAUCAUUCCCAGGAAUCAUUUCCGUAGGUUUACAAUAAAUAUAGAGAUGCCAGUGUCACCGUGAUAGUAAUGAAGGCAGCUUUAGUUGAACUUCCUUUUGUCUCAAGGGGCCCUGCCUGGUGAACUGUUGACAGGUUAAGAACAAGGAGAAUAGUUGGGGUUACAGAUACCGCCACGGCCGGUAUUACUGAUGUGUUAUUGUAAUUAUUUAUUUAUUUCUGUAUUUAAACGAAACAACUGACUAUUGUUUCUGAUAACUUAUGACAAAAUAAGAGUAUUAUUAACACCCGAUAGCGAUUUAUCCAGAAUUGUAUGAUUACUUCCUUUUGCCAAAACAUAAUUAAAAAAAACUGUUCAGUAGAAAUGUCUUAGAUUAAAAUGGUUGCUAUUGAACCGAGGAGGGUUUGGACUUGCAAAGCAAGAAGGAACGGUAAUUCUCCCCCAUUGUGCUCGUGGAUUUUCCUCUUGAUACAACCAUAGUGCUGCUACAGUGCUACUCCAAUAAACUGCUCACGGUGAAUUCUUAUGAAAUAUUUUGUAACACUUGAAGCCUCCUGUGAAUACCCUCACCCUGUCAAGUCAGUCAGCAGACUGCACUCUUUUUGACUCCUUUUUUUCUAUGUAGUUAAAAGCACUGAGAGCAAUACGCUGUAAGAAUCCUGAACAAGCCUUGUUUUCUAUCGUGUGUGUGCACGGUCCGAGGGCUGAGGGGGGGCGGAAAGCUCAGACCUGAGUCGACGUGCGGCUCCAUAUCUUUUCUACGCGCUUUCGCCUGGCGUGACGAAACCGACGUGUGGAUGAGACCCACGGUGCUCCUUGCAGCCGCGCCUGGAAGUGUUUUGUCUUUGUGUGUGAAGAGAGCAAGAGAUAAUCAGACUGCUAGUGCUAUGUGUACACUCUUUUAAAAAAUGCCGUGCUUAUUCUCCUCCUCCUCCUCCUUUAUUUUAUUGUGACCUUGAUCUCCCCCCCAUUCUGAAAAGUUUGAAAGGGCAGCUACCUGUCACACUGAAUAAAAUGUGCAGUCACUGUC